UCCCGCAGGCGCGGGGCAGCCACGGGGCGCGAUCGGUCAGUGCUGCGCGGGGCUCCGCCGCUCGGUCCUGCGCGGGGGUUGCGCGGCUUCGCGCGGCUGCGAGACCGCCGCGUUGCGCGGAGUUCUGAAUAGGAAGCGGCUCGGAAGCAGGAAACUCUGCUGCUGUGAGCAAUGAGCAUCUGUCGCCCCACCACGGGGCUGCCGCGAUGACGGCUGCUUUACUCCGCCGUGAGGUCACGCAGGUGCUGUUUUUGGGCUCAUGCCAUCAUAUCUACCAGGCCCGGGGCCAGGCCUUCAGUGGGGCCAAAUCCCUCCUUCUCCCCUCUCCCCUAUGGACGGGACUUUUAAUGAAACGAGCCUGAGGCCUUCUAAACCUGCAGGAAGCCAGUACCAGCCCUACAUUGGCCUGGCUCUGGCAGUCAGUUCCAACAUCUUCAUUGGAUCCAGCUUCAUCCUGAAGAAGAAGGGCCUCCUGAAGCUGGCCGCCAAAGGAGUUCCCCGUGCUGGGCAUGGUGGGUAUUCCUACUUGAAAGAAUGGCUUUGGUGGGCUGGACUGCUUUCAAUGGGAUUGGGAGAAGCUGCAAACUCUGCUGCUUAUGCCUUCGCACCAGCAACCUUAGUUACCCCUUUGGGUGCACUGAGUGUUCUCAUAAGUGCUAUAUUGUCAUCCUACUUUCUGAAGGAGAAGCUGAAUAUUCAUGGCAAGUUGGGCUGUGUUCUGAGUGCUUUGGGUUCUACAGUCAUGGUUAUUCAUGCCCCAGAGGAGGAGGAGAUCACCUCACUGGAUGAGAUGGAAAUAAAACUGCAAGAUCCAGUGUUUGUUGCGUUUGCUGUUCUCCUAAUAUCUGUUGUCCUCGUGUUGAUUUUCAUUGCGGCUCCACGGAGAGGUCAAACUAAUAUACUGAUCUACGUUUUAAUUUGUUCACUUAUUGGUGCCUUCUCUGUGUCAUCUGUCAAAGGCCUGGGCAUUGCCAUUAAAGAAAUGCUGGAGUGGAAGCCAGUUUAUCAACAUCCCCUGGUUUAUGUUUUGGUGGGAAUCCUAUUGCUCUCAGUCAGCACCCAGAUCAAUUAUCUCAACAAAGCACUGGACACAUUUAACACAUCUCUAGUGACACCUAUUUAUUACGUGUGUUUCACCACGACAGUGGUGACGUGUUCCAUCAUCCUGUUCAAGGAAUGGAGUAGUAUGGACCUGGAUGACAUCCUUGGGACCCUCAGUGGAUUCUCCAGUAUAAUAAUUGGAAUUUUUCUAUUACAUGCUUUCAAAAACAUAGAUAUCACCUGGAGCCAGUUGAUGUCCAGUGUUACAAAAGAAUCAUCAUUGCCACACUGCGAGUAUGAAACCUCUCACACUUUACUGGAAAGCAUGGAAGACCCAGCUGUGUUAUAUGGGGAAGACAAUGUUUUAUUCAGCCAAUGAAGCUCUCAAGUGACAGUUUCUUGUUCCACUGUCAUGAACUACAGACUUACCUGUAUCUACCAGACCGCUCUUCGUCACUGCUAUCCUCUGGAAAACUGCCUGUAAAGGCACACUCCUCUGUGUGCCAGAUGUUGGUAAUAAUGAAUUAAAAUGUUCAAUAAUUGACAUGAGGGACAGAAACCUGGUGGUUAUAAUAUGUCAAGAAGUGAACAAGUUUGUCUAUUUUUUAUGCAACAUCUCCUAUUGGAGAAUUUUAGCAAGAAAGGAUUUUUUCCCACAUCUUGGGCUGUUCAGGGUGAUGCUUGCCAGAGAUUUAGCAAGAGAGCUGGAUUAUUAAAAAUGACUUCUGAUCAGCUGAGAUAUAUAUGCCAAGCAGAAUCUCUUCAUAAAGCAGGCUGUGUAAUGUGCAAGCAGUGGAGUAAAUGUUGACACUUUGGGUUCCAUUGUUCUGUGAACAGAAAGCUCACAAUUCUUCUGUAGGAACAAAAUGGUUGCUACUGCUUGCAGCAUGCUUGCACAUGUGCUUGUGUUGUGCCAAGUUUAAUCCUGAUGCCAAAGCCAUGCACCUCCUUUCUGAAAGGUGUUCAUGAAACUUCUUACUUGUUAAUGACUUUUAUUUUAGUGAGGAUUUAGAAGCUAUGAAAACCUGAGAAGUGGCUCUAGGGAUACUUGAAGUUAUUUCUAAACUGCAAGCAUCUUUUUUCCACUUGAAUAGGUUUGUAAUUGACAUACGUACAGGAGGAAGUAGUAAUUGUACCAAUCACCUAGACAUUAUUUCUAAAUCCUUGAUUAGAUGAAGCAGGAAUUCUGUAUUUCCUACUGGACCUGCUUAUCUACUUUUAUGUGUAAAUAACAUCUACUAGGAAAAUAAUGUUAUUUUCUUGCAAUAUCAGAAAAUCAAAGUUGAUGCUUAUUUCCAUGGUGUACAAGAACUCAAAAAUGUUACAAAGUAAAUUAUUAUCUUUUGUAUAAAAGCUUUUGCUAGAAGAGAUAUUAUUUUUGAAACUGUUCAUAUUUAGUAAAUGAUUUGGAAUAAGUUUAGUUUUUACUGAAAUUAUGCUAUUAUUUUUCUUGUAAUAAAUUAUACAUGGUUUAUGUAUUAAAUGACUGGUGUUUUGUAAGCAUGCGAGAAAAAAGAGAGUAAUCCAAGUUUGCAAUCAGCAAUAAAAUCAGUUUUAGUAGCACAUCCUGUGCACACACACAGAUUCAAGAUUAAAGAUGUCUGGAUGAAGUCCCUGCAGUUCAUGUGAAUCUGGCUUGAUCGUGACCUUCUUUUAGUAGCUUUGACUUCUGAUUUUUUUCCGAUAGGAAAGAAAAUGUUGUACUCUCUUAGAAAGGCCACAUGUGAAACUACCUUUAAAUAAAAAACCUGCAGUAUUCUGAUGCAGGUGGAAGGCAGAAUAUGGGGAGACCGAGAGGUUUUGGUGUCUUACAGAGUGACUCAAUUUUUUGGAUGUGUUAUUUUCACCCUUAUGUUCUACAGAAAACAUCAGCAAGGAGCAUUUAAUACUGAUGAUAACAUUAGCUGCCAGAAGACAAGGAUUUUGAGGAAUAAGAUUGGUAGGCAAAUGAAAUGUCUUCCCUUCUGAACUAGGGAAGGAAAACCAAAGCUGAAUAUUAGGGAGUUUUUUGUUGUGCUCAUGUUUUAUGGACAGUAUUUCAGUGAACUUUCAACAAAAUGGCAGCAAAAUGAAAGCUAUUUUUUAAAGUAAUCUGAAAUUUUUGGAAAGAAGGUAGAAUGGUUAACAACUGCAACAAAGGAAACCUUAAAGGCAAUACAUCACUAACCAAAUUAGGGCUUUUAAAGGCAGAAAUGGAACCAUCUUGGUAGUUACUCAUUGCCAUACCAUAACUUGGGACAAACGAGCAAUUAAAUUAAUUACACAGCUGUGCUGAUUAGAUGUAGGUAAAUCAAAAAGACUUGUUACAUGAUCUGCAGGGAAUUUGGAAGGAAGCACAUAGGUCAUUAUUCCCUGUAAGAACUUGCCUCCCCAGCCACACUUAAAACAGCCAUGCCCCAGUCAGGUUUGCUCCCAAAGAAUCCUCAUUCAGAACUUGAAUUUCUUUACUCAUGAUGGUUGUGGCCUGGAGUUCUAUCUUUAAUCAUAUACUCAUGGCAAAUGUCAUCCUCUUACUAUUUAAGUUCCAGCAAAACCAAACCAGCAAAUGCAUUAGGAAACUUUUAAGUGUUUUUCCCAAAACUGACUCCUUUCUGGCAAGUUUCUAAACUGGAUGAGAGGUAGGCAGAAGCCAGGCUGGAUGAUGCAUGAGGAGUGGCACUUAGGUUCGUUUGUUACCUUCUUAUGAAACUUCACUGUGUAGGGGUGGGGAGGGAAAGCUGCUCUCAAAAACAAAUGGCACUGUAGAAAAACUUGCCCAAACAUGUAACACCCAAGUGAUUACUUGCCAGGAGUACUUUUGAGGAUGAAAGUCAUCUCAUGUCUGGAAAUAUGCUCCAGUUUGUCAGCAAUUCAGCUUUUGAUAGAAAAGGGGUACAUCCUAUGGGGUUGCUGCACAGAAGCUAGGAAAACAGCUGCUUUUUUUUUCUCUCACCCACGAUACCAGCUGGCUGGUAGUCUGUUUUAUGAUAUUUGAUGAGGAAACAGUGGCCAAAUUUUUUUGCCAUUGCUAAGCACUCUUAACAUCCCUUCGGAGACACGGUGCUUCCUUCCAAUCUUUACUGGUCUUUUAAUAGAACCAUUUAGUUUGGAAAGUCCCCUAAGAAUAUCAUAUCCAACCAACCACCCUUUAGUACAAACCAUGGGCCUUAGUGCCACAUCUACACACCUCUUUCAUACCUCCAAGGACAGAGACUCCAGCAGUUCUCUAGGCAGGCCAUUUCAAUGCCUAAUCACCCUCUGUAUAAUCAAACACUUCCUGAUAACCAAUCUAAACCUCCCCUGGCACAGCUUGAGACCAUUUACCCACAUCCUAUCAACUUGUCACUGAGAAAAAGAGACCACCAUCCUUCUCACUGCAACCGCCUUUCAGAUAGUUGUACAAAACCAUGAAAUCUCCCUUCAGCCUUCUAUUCUCCAGAUCAAACAGCCUCGUCUGCUCCUCAGAUAUCUUAUUUUCUAUCAAAAAUCUCUUUUGAAAUACUCAAAGGUUUAUCAGGAAAAAAAAAAAACAGCUAGCAGACACAUAUGCCUCUGUUAUCAGUGGCAUGAGUGAUUCUCACUGCUCACCUAUCAUUUCUUUCUCCUUUUUUCUUUUUAUAUGCCUGGGGUUUGAGGUAUGCUAGGAGCCACCACAAAGGCUAAGUUGGCCUGUUGGUCUGUAUAUGGGUGUAGCUUCUCGAGUAAGUAAACAUGCCCUACACACACAACCCUUGCCCUGCCGGACCUUCCUUCUUACUGAUUAAACACUGAUUCCAUUGAUCCUGAAGUACAUUAUAGUGCUUUUUAAUUUAUUUACUGUAAGCCUUGUGACAUCAGCUAUUAAAUUCAUCUGUGUCAGAGUGGUGACAUCAGCCCACUCACAGUUUGCCCAGCCUCCAGAAAGGUGGAAUUCUGAAAAUGAAGGAAUGGUAGGCAAGUAUUACUUUCCAUCUGAGACCAGUG